UUGGGCAGAACUGGUCGGGUGAGAUUCACAGAAGAUUUGGUUCCUCAGUGACAGUGAGGACAGCGGCAGGACAGAGGUAAUGCAGACCGUCACAGUACAGCCAUCCUCGGUGGUCACAACAACAAUAGUGUCCCAAAACAAUGACUGGAGCACCGGAAUCUGUGACUGCUUUGAUGACAUGGGCUCAUGUUUAUUUGCCUCCUGUUGCUUCCAAUACUUCCAAUGUGCGACGGUCCAUGACCAUGGCGAGUUCAUGUGUCUCCCCGCACUGGACACAAGCUGGUUUGGCUACUCUCCGGUUGUCCCCCCUGUAUCUCUGGCACUGCGAACGUCGAUCCGGGAACGGUACAAAAUACGUGGAUCGAUGUGUGAAGACUGCCUUAUGUUGUAUUGCUGUUUGUGCUGCACCUGGUGCCAGAUGGCUCGAGAGAUCAAGAGACGCAAGCAGCCGGCUUACAUUGUAACAGCCCAGACCACCACCGUGACGAUGCCAGGGCAGAAUGUCAGGUACCCGGCCCCCUCAUACUAGCCUUAGUCAUGGGGCUUGGUGAAUGUGAACUCUAAGAACCCAGAACGUUACAAUGGAGCGAAGACACCGACCUUCUCAGUGGAGGUCCACCACCACUACCCAACGAGGAGACACUGAGAGACAUGGGGGGACCACCACUACCCAAUGAGGAGACACUGAGAGACAUGGGGGGACCACCACUACCCAACGAGGAGACACUGAGAGACAUGGGGGGACCACCACUACCCAAUGAGGAGACACUGAGAGACAUGGGGGGACCACCACUACCCAACGAGGAGACACUGAGAGACAUGGGGGGACCACCACCACCCAACAAGGAGAUACUGAGAGACAUGGGGGGACCACCAC